AUGGCGGUGAUUAUGGUACGUUGUAUCAGUUCGUUCGAGCAUGGUGUGGUGCUGUAUAUGCCCGUCAAAGUGAACGGAGGAGAGACGUUAGCAGACGUGGCCCAACAGGUAUGUCAACGUGUAAAGACAGAACCCAAAUACAAGCCUCUUAAAACGCGGGUUGAGGCCUUCGAUACCUUCAAAGUCUAUGUCACGCCCGGCCAAGCAAAGCCCCCCAACCUGGUCAUAGCACCCGAAGGCAACGAAUUUACGUCGGAUAACUGGAGAGGAUUGGAUGAGCUGGGAAUAGAACCUGGCACCGAGCUUUCGUUCUUCUCCAGUAGCGCCUACAAAAGGUAUAAAGAGGGCCGGGCGGCAGAGUAA